GCAUAAUAUGCCUUGUCAUGAAUUUUGUAUCCUUUAGCCAACGAAUGAAGACUUAUUACAUGUUCAUCUAUGAAAACUUUUUUAAAUAAAACAUCACCUGACAAAAAGAAGUAAAAAUGAAGACUUUAGUAAUGAAUGUUAGUGGAAACAACCAUAAACCUGUAGGAUUAGAUUUAAAACCAGGUGAAAAACAAAGAGAUGUAGCUGUUAAAAUCAUAACAUCCUAUAAACCGGACUUGAUUCUUGCUCAGGAAGGAAAUAAGGUAUUCUAUGAAAAGGUCUGCAGAGAAUGUAAGGAUGGAGGUACUCAAUAUCACUAUGUUUAUAAUGAGGAAACAGGAAUACUUUUCAAUGUUGUAGACUGGACGAUAGAAAAACCCAAGGCUGAUCUAGAAAAAAUGUAUGAUGAGCUAGUACACAAAAACAUCAUAUCUAGAGAAAGCGAGUUAAAAGCAAGAUUCCAUGCUUUGAUAUUAAAGUCAAACGGAACUGAUGGCAAUUUUCUCUGUGUAACUUAUCAUGGGCGUUACACAGGAAAAACUAAAGACAAGAAGCUAGAUAUUCUGAAAGACUUUUUGAAACUACUCUGCAACUAUCUUGAAGAUAAUCCUAGUUUGUCACUUAUUCUAGGUGGGGAUUUUAAUGUAGAAUUAGAUGAUGACAUUCUUCAAGAUCUUAUUUCAAAAGGAGACCCAAAUUAUGAAAAUGAUUUAUUGUUAUGGAAGCUUUUUGAACCAUCUAGCCAUGCUAACCGUGAUUUAAGUCUAAUUCCAUAUGCACCAACUGGAAAUCGUGCUAACAUCUACGACCAUAUUAUUGUCUCUUCAACAAUCAAUGUUAGUGAAAUACAAGCUGUGGAUGUCUUUAAAAAGAUAAAAGAACUUUUCCAAGAGGUUUCAAAGGAGCAUUAUCCAGUUAUCCUUGAUCAUGAUCCAAUUUGUGUGACAUUUAAAAUUGACACUGGACGAGUUUAGUUAUGUGUUUUCAUAUAUUGGUUUAAUGUGUUUGGGCUUUUGAUUUUGUCAUUUUAUGAAGGACUGGAAUUUCACCUUGAACUCGUCACCUGUUAUGAUUUUGACAGAAAACAAUAAUCAUAAAAUUGAGAAUGGAAAUGGGGAAUGUGUCAAAGAGACAACAACCUGACCAAAUAAAAAAACAACAGCAGAAGGUCACCAACAGGUCUUCAAUGUAGCGAGAAGUUCCCGCACCUGGAGGCGUCCUUCAGCUGGCCCCUAAACAAAUAUAUACUAGUUCAGUGAUAAUGAACGCCAUACUACAGAAAACAAUAAUCAGCUGAUUACAUUUUAUAGUUAUCAGCAACAAUGGACUAAUUAAUAAAGUAUUGAUAGU